AUGGUUGAGUGUCUGCAACUUGGUACUCGGACCGCUCUGGCCACUCGGCGAGCUCUCUCCGCCAACCCAGCCACUUCAUACAUUACUCGAUCUGUUUUGUGCCAUGGCGAGGCAAAGAGAGCCCGCUCAAGAGGGGUGAGGGCAUACACCAGCACCAGCGAGGAGAAAAAGGAGCGAGUCGUCAUCCUCGGCAGCGGCUGGGCGGGCUACGCCCUCGCCCGGUCCCUCUCCCCCAGCAAGACGGACCGCGUCCUCAUCUCCCCGCGCUCCUACUUCGUCUUCACCCCCCUCCUCGCCUCCGCCUCGGUCGGGACCAUCGAGUUCCGCGCCGCCAUCGAGCCCGUCCGCCGCCUCGGCCUGACCGACUACCACCAGGCCUGGGCGUCCGACAUCGACUUCGCCCGCAAGACCAUCCGGCUCGAGGCCAGUCGCCGCGACGACCGCGCCACAAGGUCCGAGGCCGGGCCCAUCCCCUCGGGGAACGAGUUCGAGGUCGGGUACGACAAGCUCGUCAUCGCGGUCGGCUGCCACAGCCAGACCUUUGGCGUCGAGGGCGUGAGGGAGCACGCCUGCUUCCUCCGCGAUGUGGGGGACAGCCGACUGAUCAGAUUAAAGGUGCUGCAAGCGUUCGAGGGGGCCGCCCUGCCCAGCACGCCAGAGGAGGACAAGAAGAAGCUUCUCCAUUUCGCCGUCGUGGGCGGGGGUCCGACUGGGAUCGAGUUCGCGGCGGAGCUCUUUGAUCUAGUGCAUGAGGAUCUUUCUAAGAUGUAUCCAGCGCUGAUGAAGUACGUCAGCAUCACCAUCUACGACAUCGCGCCCAAGGUGCUCCCCAUGUUUGACAAGAACUUGGCCAAUUAUGCGAUCGAGAUGUUCCAUCGGCAGGGGAUCAAAGUCAAGACUGAGCAUCACCUGCAGCGGAUCCGACGAGUGGAUGAUCAUCUAAUGCUCAAGAUCAAAGAGGAGCCGGAGGAAGUAGGCGCCGGUGUCGUGGUAUGGAGCACAGGUCUGAAGCAGAAUCCGCUCGUCGAGAAGCUAGUCGGGCAGGAGAUCGAGGGUUUCGGCAAGAUCCUCAAGGACCCAAAGACUGGCGGCAUCAUCGUCGAUGAGCAUAUGCGCGUUCAAACUGAGUUCGGCAGCAACGGGAACAAAGAGAAGCUCACCCUCCCCGACGUCUUCGCCAUUGGAGACUGCAGCGUCGUGGAAGGCGAAGGGUUCCCCAACACGGCCCAGGUAGCCUCGCAGCAGGCAGUUUAUCUAGGACGCCAACUGAACAAGGGGAUCGAUGAGAAUAAGCCGUUCAGGUUCCGCAACUGGGGCACUAUGGCGUACCUGGGCAGCUGGCGAGCCAUACACCAGAGCGCAAGCGAUGAGCUCAAAGGAAAAGCGGCCUGGAUACUAUGGCGAACGGCGUACCUCACCAAGUCCAUGAGCAUACGGAACAAGCUGUUGAUCCCGGUCUACUGGGCUAUUACAUGGAUAUUUGGAAGAGACAUCUCUCGGUUCUAA